AUCUCUUACUGAAGCAAAAAGCCCUUUCAGGAUUUUGUGACUGGGAGCCAUGUUCAGAGUUGGACGAGUCUGCAGAGGCAUCGCAGCACUUUGAACUAGAUUUGGAUUUCUUGAGAUCCUAGUUGCUGGCUUGGCUAGGACCAUCAUUCCCUCGUGGACCUUCUGGAUCCGGGCUGUCCUCUCCCUCCCCUGCCUGAAAUAGUGUCUAAGGUUUCAUAGCAAGGCCGUGGGGGUCAGUCAAGACGUGCACAAUUGGAAAGAAAAGGAAAGAUCGAUACCCACUGAGCCUCUGGCAGCCAAUCAGCCUGCAUCCUGACAUCAUCUGACUUGGGUGAGAGAUAGGAUGAUAGCUGGGGAGGCGAGCAUGCAUAGCCCAAUCCUGGCCUGCUGGCAGCCUAUUCUCCUCCUGAUGCUGGGCUCCAUCCUCUCCGGCUCUGCCACGGGCUGCCCGCCCCGCUGUGAGUGCUCUGCCCAGGAGCGCUCUGUGCUGUGCCACCGAAAGCGAUACCUAUCCGUCCCCGAGGGGAUCCCAACUGAGACCCGGCUCCUGGACUUGGGUAAGAACCGGAUCAAGACGCUCAACCAGGAUGAAUUCGCCAACUACCCUCACUUGGAGGAGCUGGAAUUAAACGAGAACAUUAUCAGUGCCAUUGAGCCUGGGGCUUUCAACAGCCUCUUCAACCUCAGGACUCUGGGUCUCAGGAGUAACAGGCUCAAGCUCAUCCCACUGGGGGUGUUUACCGGACUAAGCAAUCUUACCAAGCUAGACAUUAGUGAGAACAAAAUUGUGAUCCUCCUAGAUUACAUGUUCCAGGACUUGUACAACCUGAAGUCAUUAGAGGUGGGGGACAACGACCUGGUUUACAUCUCCCACCGGGCCUUUAGCGGCCUUAACAGCUUGGAGCAGCUUACACUGGAAAAAUGCAACUUGACCUCCAUCCCCACGGAGGCACUAUCCCACUUGCACGGCUUGAUCGUGCUGAGGCUGCGGCACCUGAACAUCAAUGCCAUCAAGGAUUACUCAUUUAAGAGGCUAUACAGGCUUAAAGUCCUGGAGAUCUCCCAUUGGCCCUACCUGGAUACCAUGACGUCCAACUGCCUUUAUGGGCUGAACCUCACGUCUUUGUCCAUCACUCACUGCAAUCUGACUUCCAUCCCAUACGUGUCCGUGAGGCACUUGGUAUAUCUCAGGUUCCUGAACCUGUCUUACAACCCCAUUAUCACCAUUGAGGGCUCCAUGUUGCAUGACCUGCUCAGGCUGCAGGAGAUCCAGCUGGUGGGCGGGCAGCUCACCACCGUGGAGCCCUAUGCCUUCCGAGGCCUCAAUUACUUGCGCAUUCUGAACGUUUCUGGGAACUUGCUGACCACACUGGAGGAGUCGGCCUUCCACUCGGUGGGGAAUCUGGAGACACUCAUUUUGGAUAACAACCCUUUGGCCUGUGACUGCAGGCUGCUUUGGGUUUUCCGACGCCGCUGGAGGUUGAAUUUCAACAAGCAGCAGCCCACCUGCUCCACGCCUGAGUUUGUCCAGGGAAAAGAGUUCAAGGACUUCCCUGAUGUGCUCCUGCCCAACUACUUCACCUGCCGCCGGGCACGGAUACGGGACCGCAAGCCGCAGCAGAUCUUUGUGGAUGAGGGCCACACAGUACAUUUUGUCUGCCGGGCAGAUGGGGACCCACCCCCCGCAAUCAUGUGGCUCUCUCCCAGGAAGCACCUCAUCUCUACCAAAACCAACGGACGGCUCACCGUCUUCCCUGAUGGCACUCUGGAGGUGCGCUAUGCCCAGAUCCAGGACAAUGGCACCUACCUAUGCAUUGCCAGCAAUGCAGGUGGCAAUGACACUAUGCUGGCUCACCUGCAUGUGCGGAGCUACUCCCCAGACUGGCCCCACCAGCCCAACAAGACCUUUGCUUUCAUCUCCAACCAGCCCAACGAGAGUGACGCCAACAGCACACGUGCCACGGUGCCUUUCCCCUUCGACAUUAAGACUCUCAUCAUUGCCACCACCAUGGGCUUCAUCUCCUUCCUGGGUGUGGUGCUGUUCUGUCUGGUGCUCCUCUUCCUGUGGAGCAGGGGGAAAGGUAACACUAAGCACAACAUUGAGAUCGAGUAUGUGCCGCGCAAAUCUGAUGCUGGAAUCACCUCUGCUGAUGCGCCACGCAAGUUCAACAUGAAGAUGAUCUAGCUGGAAGCAAUUUGCAAAUAAUAAAGUUUUUUAAAAUAUAAAACAAACAAAACAAAACAAAAACAUUGCUACAAACAUACCGACCUCUUUCCUCCCUCCAGUCCCCUCUUCCCUGUUGUUCUGAUCCCACUUGCCCACUCCACCACCUCUUUCUCUUCCUCUUUAUACCAGGAAAACAUUCUGCUGACAUCUUCAGGACUCCCGUGUUUGUAAGGACGUAAUCUGACGGACUGCGGUGUCAGAUCUAAUUACCAGAAGAGAAAAAACAAAAAGCAGAACAAAGAUUAAAUAAAAUAAAUCAAUAAAAAAGUUACGAACUUUCCUCUGUAACUUUGAUUUCAAUAAUUAUGGAUUUUUAUGAAAACUUGAAAUAAUAAAAAAAACCCUAUUUCCUAUAGAUA